UCCCUUUCAUUUGACACACACAGGGAACUCUGUCUCAAGUUCCCUGCCGUCACUCACAAAAUCGCUCUUCGAUAUUUUUGUGUGUCUAAUAUGCCCCUUAAUUCCUGAUUUUCUCCCACCUCUGCGCCUUUUUAUCUCUUCCUCUCUUUCUGCUACAAUAAAUUAUUUAUGCACUCAAAAUCAUAGAUUAUCCCAAAAUAACAAACACUAAAGAUACUGAAAGUCAACGGGUGCUCCCCGCAAGCCUAAUUUGGAAACUGGAAAGUCAGCGUCACUGUCUCAAGAUUUUCAUCAAUAAACCAAAACUCCCAAUUCUCUUUUGUUUCUGGCCAUUCUCAAUUGGUCAUUGGAGGUGACUCUCAAGCUCUGCCUCUCCGACAAAAAAGGAUCUAACUCAUGAGUACACUUUCAACUCUGGUGAAUUUGUUUUUGCUACUUGCAUUGAUUGGUUGUAGCUCAUGGACAGUUCGGAGCAUCUCAAGCUGCAAACAUAUAAACAUUAACGAAGUUCGACCUCACAGCGUCAGUAUUACCGAAUUCGGAGCAGUUGGCGAUGGGAUCACUCUCAAUACAAAGGCCUUUCGGAAUGCCAUCUUCUAUCUAAAUUCAUAUGCCGACAAAGGUGGGGCCAAGCUUUUUGUGCCUGCUGGCCGGUGGUUAACCGGUAGCUUUGAUCUCAUCAGCCAUCUGACUUUGUCGUUGGACAAGGAUGCUGUAAUUCUUGGAUCAACUAACUCUGAAGAUUGGCCGGUUGUGGAUCCUCUACCAUCAUAUGGUAGGGGAAGGGAGUUGCCGGGUAGACGGCAUAGAAGCCUUAUUUACGGGCACAAUUUAACUGAUGUUAUCAUUACAGGUGACAAUGGAACUAUAGAUGGUCAAGGGAGUAUCUGGUGGGACAAAUUUCGUAACAAAACAUUGGAUCAUACACGCCCUCAUUUAGUCGAGUUGAUGAAUUCAACGGAGGUUCUCAUUUCAAAUUUAACCUUUUUGAAUUCACCAUUCUGGACUAUUCAUCCUGUAUAUUGCAGACAUGUUAUAGUUCAGAAUGUCACAAUCCUUGCCCCUCUUAGUUCACCAAAUACAGAUGGGAUUGAUCCAGAUUCUUCCAAUGAUGUAUGCAUUGAAGACUGUUAUAUAAGCACCGGGGAUGAUCUCAUUUCGAUCAAAAGUGGAUGGGAUGAAUAUGGAAUUUCUUUUGGUCGACCAAGUACAAACAUUAUCAUCCGCAGGCUCACUGGGAGGACAACGAGUGCUGGAAUCUCUAUUGGAAGUGAGAUGUCUGGAGGUGUUUCAGAAGUUCAUGCAGAAGAUAUUAACAUUUUUGAUUCACGUAGUGCAAUUAGAAUAAAGACUUCACCCGGCAGAGGCGGUUACGUUAAAAAUGUCUACAUCUCUAACAUGACAUUGGUUAACAUAGAUAUUGCUAUUAGGUUCUCUGGUUUAUACGGAGAGCAUCCGGAUGACGCGUAUGAUCCAGAUGCUCUACCUGUGAUAGAAAGGAUUACAAUCAAAGAUGUGAUUGGAAAAAACAUCAAACGUGCAGGCCUUAUACAAGGUAUUAAAGGUGACAGCUUUGUCAAUAUUUGUCUAUCGAACAUCACUCUUAAUGUAAGCAAGAAAAAACCAUGGAACUGCUCGAACGUUAAAGGAUACUCUGAAUUGGUUUCUCCGGAAGCUUGUGUGCAACUCAAUGAGAGAAUAUUCCCCGAUCAUUUUUCAGACUGUUAUCAGUUACCAGAUCUCGUUAGGAGUUCGAGUAGUCGCAACAGGGCUGCUUGGUUGCUGUCUUGGUAGGUUAUGGAGUUUAAAAUAUUAUGCUACCAAAGUUCUCUUGUACCUGAAAUUUGAUUGGUGGGUUUCCUUAUGAAAGGUAAAUUUUACCUGACCUGAGAAAUGAAAUGGUGUUGUGUUGUAAGAAUGAUAUCAAAUCUAUAGAUGAUUGUUUAUUGUAACUUGUGUGUAGUAACAAAUAAACAAGUGAUUUAUUAGAAAUAUUGUAACUUGUGUUUGAAUCAUUGAAAUGUAAGAUAAACAUCAAUGAAUGUUAAUGAUCUCUGAGAUGAGGAAGGUUUGCAGCUGA